AUGCAUUUGUUCUGUAACUGCGAUUACAUCCCCGGUGGCGACUGCACUUACGGUAGGAGUUAUCGCCUCCCAAACACUGGUAUCUGCGGUCUUCCUCCGCAGUGGCAGCUUGCGGAGCGCGGACACGUCGUCCAUCGUAAGCAUCCCACUGCUGCCAAGCGAGUGAGGACGAUCAAGCCCGUCAAUAUGGGAGGCUUUCUUGAUGACGGAUAUUCCUCUUCUCGUGAGGGAGCGAGGACAUUCUCCUUACUUGCCCAUGAAAACGGGGCACAGGCUUACGCUCUGGAUGCCAGUUUCAUGUAUUCAACUGAGGCUUACCUGCUUUCGGACAAUUCAGGACUGCCAGAAGCGGCCAUAGUUAUUGACGACGACUAUCUAAUCGAUAUUGAUGAACUGGGCCGCUUAAAUGCCUACCCGGAAAAUGUUGAAGAUUAUGAAUCAGAAGGCGCAAGUUCCAGGUUCCGCCCAUCGGCGGGCGAAGUGUCCAUGCGGUUGAGUCCAGAAGCAAGAUUGGACGGCAGCCAUCACUCUAAUUUACCCACGCCUCCGAGCUCUACGUCUCCGAGGGCCUGCACGCCUCCCCCGGUAUCCGAUCUUACCAGGGAUACUUGCGCGGAUUUUGUUGAAGUCGAAAGUACCUCUGGCGUGCGCUUGGCGCAAGGUAAUGUUUUGUUUUUGUGUAAAAUGGAAGACAACGCGAAACGACCUUACGAGAGUCCACAGCCCGAAAGACUCACUAGCAAAUGUACCUUAAGGCACUAUAAAAGCUUUUUUGGCCCGAAGGGCUUUCUACUAUUAGAAGCAAACGGAAUUCGGGGGCCCAUAAUGUGCUGGGCUCUUGAAGCAAUUGCGCGAGGCAGGUGCUGA